AUGGGAACGACCUCCGUCCGCCGCAAUCUCUUCCACCAUAAUCUCAGCAGAAAUUCAGUAUCAACCGCCCCUCAUAAUGCCCACAUGCAAAGUGGAGGCCAUGGCCCAUCAGGUCUCCAAUCUCAGAUAAUUCAAUCCGGAUCAUUUGAAGCAACGACGUCGUCACUGAGUAAUGGGCCGAUCGAUAAUGGCGAAAUCGUGGUGAAGGAUAAAAAUGGCAGCUACAAGUUGGAUAUCCCGAUGCUUCCACCGGUUGCUGGGAGUGAGGAUGGGGAUGAGAUGGAAGGAGUAGACGGGAAUAGUGGAGGGUCUGGUACUACAGGUGCCGACUCUGCCGGCGAAACAGAGGUCAGCGGACGAGAGAAAGAGAAGAUUGAGGCAAGCCUGGUGGAAAUGAUGCGAAAUCGAAACAGGCAAGUUAGCAGUGAACCAGCCGAUUUAGAAGUCCUUAAUUUUAUCCAGCAAAGUCUUCAAAGCAAGGUAGCAACAUUGGAUGAAGACAAUUGGAUGUACGAAGCGGAGAUUGAUCCACAGGUCUAA